UGCAGUGAAUCUCAAUCCUCUGACCGCAAGGCCAUGGCUGAGAAAGGCUGCAUGGGCAACAGCAUUAACCUUCUCUACAGAGAUCUGGUCUCGGAGGUGAACAGGCGCAGAAUCACCAUGACCAUGAGAGAAGAGAAAUUUACCAAGAAAAGUGAUGAAGCGGGGGCAAUACUCUCAGAUGUGGAUGCAGAGCAAGCCCCUCCUCCUAGCACAGCCGGCCCCGAAGUACCCCCAGCCCCACCUCCCUCUCCAGCUGAGGACGCCAAAGACUCCUCAGCUUCUAAAGCAUCAGCCCUUUUGAAGUAAACCUUGACAGAAUACUCCAGAAAACAGUUUCCCUGAAGUCCUUGGUGUUGUCUUUGAAGACUGUCUUGAAAUAGCUUUGUUCUUUGCUAGUUUUCUUCUCCUGCAACCACUGUU